CGAUCGAUUAGUUAGGCCUCAGAAAGAUGGCGUCCUCGGAGCAGGCAGAGCCGACGAGCCAGCCCGGCUCUACCCCAGAAAACGAAAAUGUGGUGCCUCGGAAAUCCCUUAUUGCCACUGCAGUCAAAUUUCUACAGAACUCCCGGGUCCGCCAAAGCCCACUUUCAACCAGGAGGGCAUUUCUUAAGAAGAAAGGGCUGACAGAUGAAGAGAUUGACCUGGCUUUCCAGCAGUCGGGCACGGCUGCCGAUGAGUCUCAGUCCUCGGGCCCUUCCGCCCCGAUGGUGCCCCUCCAGCCCCCUCACCUCAUGCCUCAGCCAUACAACCCUACAGGUUCUAGAUGGCGAGAUUAUGGGGCUCUGACCAUCAUCAUGGCAGGCAUCGCCUUUGGCUUCCACCAGCUCUACAAGAAGUACCUGCUCCCUCUGCUCGUGGGAGGCAAGGAGGACAGGAAGCAGCUUCAGAGAAUCGAGGCGAAUAUCUCGGAGAUGAGCGGCAGCAUGACGCAGACAGUGACUCAGUUACAGGCGACGUUAGCCUCAGUCCAGGAGAUACUGGUCCAGCAGCAACAGAAAAUCCAGGAUCUUACCCAGGAACUGGCUGCUUCCAAGGCCACCACAUCCACUAACUGGAUCCUGGAGUCACAGAAUAUCAAUGAACUCAAGUCUGAGAUUAAUUCCUUAAAAGGACUUCUCCUAAACCGGAGGCAGUUCCCUCCAUCGCCUUCGGCCCCCAAGAUCCCAUCCUGGCAGAUCUCGGUGAAGUCCUCGUCUCCUUCCAACCCCACCGUAGUCAAUCACAACAGCAGCAGCGACAUCUCUCCCGUCAGCAACGAGUCGGCCUCCUCUUCCCCGGUGAAGGAGAACCAUAGCCCUGAGGGGUCGAAGGUCAACUAUCACCUGCUGGGCCCAGAAGAAGAAGGGGAGGGGGUGAUUGAUGUGAAGGGCCAGGUGCGGAUGGAGGUGCAGGGGGAGGAGGAGAAGAGAGAGGAGGAGGAGGAGGAGGAGGAGGACGUGAGCCACGUGGAUGAGGAGGAUUGCCUGGGUGUCCAGACCGAGGACCGGAGAGGCGGUGACGGGCAGAUCAACGAGCAGGUGGAGAAGCUGCGGAGACCCGAGGGAGCUAGCAAUGAGAAUGAGAUAGACUAGGCCAUCUGAUUUUCUUUCCUCUUCCUCCCUCCCGCCCACCCCUCUCUCUGCCCACGACACAGCCCCUUCUCUCUCCCUGGAGCACCUUUCAUCAGGGGUUGGGGGAACUCUCCACAGGAGGGCCCGGCACUCCAUGCGCUCGGUGUGCCAGGCAGUAAGGAUGGCUGUCCUCUCACCCUCCACUAGCCCUGCCUCAGCUCACUGGAGCCUUCCAGGUGUGAGCUGCGGACAGCCACAAGGACAGAGUGAUCAGCUUUCCCUGGGUCCAGCCUGGGGCCUCUGCACAUCUUCCUGAAUCCUGCUGGCUUUUCUGAGCCCUUCCAUCCAGUCUCAUUUCUGUCCUUCAUUUUACUACCUACACACCCCCGUCACCUACAUUUUGUUCUUAAAACCAGUCUGGCCUUUGAGAUCUGCUUGGCGCGGGAGUUGGGCUGAAAGGCUCUGGAGUUACCCACUGUCCUUGGUGGUUGUCUUUCCCCUCGGGGCAUCUCGCCUUUAAUACUGGUCGUGACAACAGGUAGCUUAAUUACCUGACUCAUAAUGCCUCAGGUGAGAAAGAACUGCUGUUGAAAUCAGCCUCCAUCACUCCCUGUCCUCCCCCAGCCCAGGCCCAUCUGUGUCCUCAUGAUUGGUACAGCGAGCAUCUGGCUGCCCGCCCCUUGUCUCUGGAGCGGGCGACUCCAUCUUCCCUUUUCUCAGAGUGGUCAGCAGAGCCCCAGGCUCUCUGGCUGUUCCCCAGUGAGAACCAGGCACGGAGGGCCUUCCCAAAGUGAGCUGUGCUGCUCGGCCACUCUCCUCUCCCCUUGACGGCUCCCCUGUUGUCCUCCUGGGUUUUUGACCGCUCACUUUUGCCGCAUCGUGUUCUCGACUGGUCCGAUGGUGACACACGAUCCCUCCUCCCUGCACAGCAGCCGCCGGCCGAGCAAUUCCUGGAACAUCGGAGUCUGUCCUUCUCACAAAGAAAAACCAUGCUCGUUUGGGUGAUCAUGUAUAGAUUCCAGAAUAUAAGAUAGGACUGUAUAUACUUGUAAUAAAUAGGAGGUACCACUAUUUAA